AUGGCAAAUAUUGAUGCAGAGGAGCAGCAGUAUCAGCAGGAGGUGGAAGAGGUCAAGAAGUGGUGGUCAGACUCACGAUGGCGGCACACCAGGAGACCGUUCACGGCUGAACAGAUCGUACAGAAGCGAGGCACGCUGAGGCUGCAGUAUCCCAGCAAUACACAGUCGCAGAAGCUCUGGAGCAUCGUAGAAGGAAGGUUCAAGAAUAACGAUGUGAGCUUCACAUAUGGUUGUCUUGAUCCAGUCAUGGUCACCCAGAUGGCAAAGUACCUCGACACCGUCUAUGUCUCCGGUUGGCAAUGCUCGUCAACUGCAUCGUCAACCGACGAGCCCGGCCCCGACCUAGCAGACUAUGCAUAUACCACCGUCCCAAACAAAGUCGGCCACCUCUUCAUGGCACAACUCUUCCAUGACAGGAAGCAGCGAGAAGAGCGCCUAUCCACACCCAAGGCAAAUCGAGGGAACGCUCCCCACGUCGACUACCUUCGACCCAUCAUUGCUGACGCAGAUACCGGCCACGGCGGUCUCACCGCAAUCAUGAAGCUCACAAAGCUGUUCGUCGAGAAAGGCGCAGCGGGCAUCCACAUCGAGGAUCAAGCGCCCGGAACGAAGAAGUGCGGCCACAUGGCCGGCAAAGUGCUCGUCCCCAUCAGCGAGCACAUCAACCGGCUUGUCGCCAUCCGUGCUCAGGCAGAUAUUAUGGGCGUCGACCUCCUCGCCGUCGCCCGCACCGACUCCGAAGCCGCCACCCUGAUCACCUCUACCAUCGACCCCCGCGAUCACCACUACAUCCUGGGCUCUACAAACCCCGCGCUCCAAUCCCUCAGCGACCUCAUGUACGCCGCGGAGCAAGCCGGAAAGUCCGGCACCGAACUCCAAGCUAUCGAAGAUGCGUGGACCAAAGAAGCGCACCUGAAACUCUACCACGAAGCUGUCAUCGAUACAAUAACUGCGGGCGUGCACGUGAACAAGGAGUCCCUCAUCGCUGAGUUCCUAGAAAAGAGCAAGGGCAAGAGUAACACGGAGGCGCGCGCGAUAGCGAAGGGGUUGACGGGCGUGGAUGUGUACUUCGACUGGGAUGCUGCGCGGACAAGAGAGGGGUAUUACAGGUAUCAGGGCGGGUGCCAGUGCGCUGUGAAUCGCGCGAUCGCGUAUGCGCCGUAUGCAGAUCUGAUCUGGAUGGAGAGUAAACUGCCGGAUUUUGCCCAGGCGAAAGAGUUUGCGGAUGGGGUGCAUGCGGUGUGGCCGGAGCAGAAACUCGCAUACAACCUCUCCCCCUCCUUCAACUGGAAAGCCGCUAUGCCUCGCGAAGAGCAGGAAACCUACAUCCAACGUCUUGCUCAACUCGGUUACUGCUGGCAAUUCAUCACUUUGGCCGGCCUGCACCAGACCGCGCUCAUGGCCGACACGUUUAGCAAAGCAUACGCGAAGCAGGGCAUGCGGGCCUACGGCGAGAUCAUUCAGGAACCUGAGGCGGAGAACAAGGUCGAUGUGCUGACGCACCAGAAGUGGAGCGGCGCGAAUUAUGUGGAUGGACUGCUGAAGAUGGUGAGUGGGGGUGUGAGCUCGACGGCGGCUAUGGGGAAGGGGGUCACGGAGGAUCAGUUUAAGUAA